UUUUUACUUGUCCUGACAUUUUCAUAUUUACUUCAAUCAAUAUGAUCUUCAGGAUUGUUUUCAAGUUUGUCCGAGACCACCCACUACUGGCCCUUCUGGCCGUUGGCUGUUCUGGCGCAGUGACCUACCUGAUUAUAAGGCUGCGGUCCUCACCCACGGAUGCCCCUGCACCCACCCCAGAGCCGUCACCAGUCUCCUCGUCUAACAGCUUUGACCUUAGCCGGGUCACCUUCAGUGAUCACAACGCUCCAGCGCAACCAAAUCCUAUAUUCAACCCUACAGACGAGGAGCUGGAAAACAUGUGGCGAGAGGAGGUGCAGAGGCCCGGGGGAGACGUCGUCUGAAGAUUGAUU